GUAGCAUUCAUUUUGAAAAGAGAGGAAAAAUAUCUGCCCACUGACCACUGUGGAGUGUGGAGUGUGGCCAACCAAGCCCAGAGGUGACAGCUUCGUCUUCGCUCAUCCCUCCUUCUUUCAAGGACGAUUUUGUCCUUCCGAGAGACGGAGGACAUACACGUAAUACGAAUGUCAUAAUUUAAUAUCCUAGCAGAGUAGAAGAAGGUCAGGGAGGAGGAGAGACCGGAUCACCGGAGACGGACAACAAGAAGAAGAAAGUCGGAAUCUCUCUCUUUCUUCACUGCGCUGAGCAGAAAAAAAUAUGGGGGCAAUAGUGAAGAAGGGAUGGCAACAAUACAUGAUACAGCUUCAGCUUCAUCCCUUAAGAACCAAGGCGAUUACUGCCGGUAUUUUGGCGGGAAUCAGCGACUCAGUCGCUCAGAAGCUCUCCGGCUUUCAGAGACUUCAACUAAGACGGCUUCUUCUUAAAGUGCUUUUUGGAUUUGCUUAUGGAGGACCAUUUGGGCAUUUUCUGCACAUAUUGAUGGAUAAAAUUUUCAAGGGGAAGAGGGAUACACGAACAGUUGCAAAGAAGGUGUUGCUGGAGCAGCUGACAUCUUCUCCUUGGAAUAACAUCUUGUUUAUGCUGUACUAUGGGCUCGUUGUUGAACGAAGGCCCUGGGUUCAGGUCAAGAGUAAACUCAAGAAGGAUUAUCCCUCUGUACAAUUGACAGCAUGGAUGUUUUGGCCUAUUGUGGGGUGGGUAAACCACCAAUAUAUGCCACUCCAGUUUCGUGUCAUCUUUCACAGCUUUGUUGCAUGCUGCUGGGGAAUAUUUCUGAACUUACGGGCAAGGUCUAUGAUGCUGACCAAGGGAUAGAUAGCUUUUACAAGGAAAGACACCUUUGCCAAUAACACCUAAUUCAUGUUUGCAACAAUGCUCAGGAAUAUAGUUGAUGUCCCAAAUCUUUGAUGCGACAGGCUUCUUUUUGGGUGAUGAUUUCAUAUGCACUUGUUGUCUGAGAUUCUAGGUACUCUUUCUAUUUGAUCUUUUGGUGCACUGUUGAAUGUUCAGGCCUGUUAUUUGAAUUAGUUAUUUGAUACCUUAUCAUUCUCGAGUUUGACUAAGCAUUGGUUGUGCAUAUUUUAAAUUUUUAAUAAUAGCUUUUCUUCUCCCUUUAAUUGCUUCCGUGUUUUUUGCUCAGAUUAUUAUUUUAGAUUAAAUGUUAAAUUAAUAAUCAAUUAAUUCUGAACCUGCAUUAGGUAACCGUGUAUUACCAAUCUUAAAUACCAUGGCCAUGUGGAAAAACCUGGGAGUGCUUUUGGUAAUUUUACAUUCAAUUUGUAAGCCCCAUCUGGAUAUUUUCAAUCGUGAAAUCUAUCCAAUUAGAUAAUAUGACCAAAUACAAGAUUGAAUAAACUUUUAAGUUUUAAUUGGUUGAAGGAAACAAAUAGUACUCUCUACAAAAGGAUAUUUUUUAUUUGAUUACAUAAGAUAUAGAAGCAAGUUGGCCUUUUGCAUUACUAUUUCUCCAUGAUGCUAUCUACUCAUCUUCCAAAGUGACCCAUAUUAUUUUGGAUUAACUACCUGUAUGGAGCCUUAUCUUGGUUUAUUUAGCAUCUUUACGAUAGUGUCUCUUUUGAUGUUUUAUGUUUUUCUUUUUCUGAUUCUAGGGUAACCUUGCUCAAUAGUAUAGAUAGAGAGGCUUAUCAUAUAUAGGAAUCAAUGUCAAAAGCUCGUGAUAUGUAGUCUACUUUAUCCAUUCAUGAGAGUAGCAGAUGCUAUUAUUUGUCCCAAUUAUAAUAUUUUAAUUUUUUACUCCUAUUUAUCCAAAGUCCAUUGCUCGACUCAUUUGUAAGAGGCUUUUUUGACUGAAGAGAUCAUCUUGAGUAAAUAUUGAUGGAGCCUCAAUGAAAAUUUCUUUGGGGAUCGGUGGCUAAAGACUUUUAAACAUUUAAGGUCUGUUACUUGGUAGACUUUUUGAUGCUUUUGAGGUCCUCAUGAAAGGGGAUGUGUUGGUGAAUUCUUUCUCUUUAUUGUGGAGUAUCUUGACUCUUCAGGCUUUCCAUGUGGGUUUUGUCAUUAACAGCUGAUUGCAGAAAAAUUCUUAGCCAAGCUCCUCACAUCUUGGUUGUCUAUACUCCUUGGAGUUUCAAUAUGGCAGCUCAUAGCAUGGCCAAACUAGCUUCUAAUUCGCAUUCUUUCUGGAGUUGUGAUUCUGACUCACCCGACUGUAUCUCCUUUCUAAUCUCUGUCUAGAAAUCUACCAUGUAGCAGGAUGAAAGUUCAGUUAAAUGAAAUCGGUCUUCCAAUGGUUGAAUGGAGAGGCUACAUAUCCACUGGUUUUGUUUUGGAUUAAAGGGAAUGAAACUCACCAUUCAUCAUUCCCAGUGAAAAUUUUUAGUUUGAAUUUGUGUUUAAAAGAGUGGAUAUGAAUUAGUUGAAGAGAUGUUCAUUCCAAAAUAAAACAGGCUGAUUGAAAUGGAUGUAAACACACAAACCGAUCUAUGCAAAAUGUAGAACGAACAUGUUUUUGGUA